CGAUCUCCCCACCCCCCUGCUCCAUCUGAAAAUAAUAAGAGAUCAAUAGCGAAAAUUAUUUCCAAUUUCAAUAGCAGAAGUCCUGCGUUGGAGAAUCUACCAUGGCUUACGUCGAGCGAGGUGUUGUUAAAUCGAAGAGAUCAAUAUGGCGUCUGAAAACAAUCACUGAUUUUUUCUGGGCUAUUGUUAACUUCAUAGGAGUUUUUUUUGCAACAAUGUUUUCGAUGGAAAAGUCAGAUGCCUACAGAAAAGGUUCUGGUUCCGGUAAGAAAUGGGAUGGUGGUGGCCCUGGAGGUCCUGGGGGACCGUAUGGUGGCGGUCCACGGGGUCCUCCUCGCCGUGGUCUUGACAAUGUUCGUGGACUAGACAGCGUUAGGGCUGAUCAUAGUUCUCUGCCUGCCUGUGGCUCCUGCUGUGGCUGAGUAUUGUAGGUGGUUCAAAUGGAUUCAACAGUUAUCUUGCCCAAAUUGUCUCUAUAAGUAUCAGGAGUUGAACUCUUUGAACAUGCCUAUGAAGUGCCAUUGUGGAGUUUAUCUAUGCAUUUCUACCAAAACAAAAAAAAAGUUUGUGUAUAUCAAGAAAUUUAACCAACAAUGCGUAUACUUUAUAACUUUGUCCGACCCAGUAAGAGUAUAAAAAUCACACCUUCUUGUUAACGU